AUGUCACAACGUCUACUUGACAAUACGAAAUGGUUUUGGUGCCUAUUAGCCUUACAAGCUGGUUGGACAUGGGGACAGGCACAAUCAGGUACAAGAACCCCCCCUUCGGGAAAUCCAUCAACAGUUGAAGCACAGGCAAAGUUUUUCCAGGAUUUUUUCUCAGUACAGUUGAGUCCGUACAAGAUGGAAUUCGGCCACGUCUGUGAGGACCCUGAUACUUGGGAGCAACGCUAUGAGAAGAAAGACUUUAAAAACCACAGGGACAUGGGAAAAGUACGAUGGGGCGAUAAAAAAGGUGGGUACGGUGAACAUUACUGGGACUUAAACCAUGCUGGUCAUUCUGGUGAUAAUGGAAAUGACGGAUAUGACAGCCAUGAUAGUCCCUACCAUGACUCAAGUAACAGUGACCCUUAUGAUGAACCAAGUGAGAACUCGCCUCAAUACGGACCUGAUGAUUACGAUUCGGAGAAAUCAAGUUAUGAAGAAAGCGGGCGAGCUAAAAGAGCACAUCCAAAAAUAAAAGUAGAUAGAAAACAUCACAAAGAGUCUGAAACGUAUGAAGAGACGUCGAAACCAUCGAAACAGAAACGUAAGAAUAAAGAAGAAUUGCAAGCUGCUGCAAUAGAAUCUGAGGAAGAAUACUCAGAAGAUACUGAAGAAGAAGAAGAAGAAACGGAUGAUACUUAUGAAAAACCUAAGCGUCAUCAUCGUAGAAAGCAUGAUGAAAAUCAACAUCAAACAAAUCACAAACAACCAAAGGAGAAAAAGCAAUUCGUUUUAGUCGUAAGUCAGAAGGAUGAUUCUGAAAAACAGAAACAACAUUUGGAGCAACCUCAAUAUUCAAGUAAACAAUCUGAACCAUCUCAAUAUGUACCAAAGAAACAAUCAGAUAUAUCUCAAUACGCUCCUCAGUACCAACCCGAACAUCCACAAUAUGUGCCUUACGAAAAUGGAGCUGGAAUAAGGCAGUACCAACAGCCAGAAAUUAGCGCAGCCGCGACAGUUCCUAGGUUGUUCCUGGAACCUUCAACGGGGCAUGUGGUUGACAGAGCAACUGGACAAGCUUACGUUUUACAACCCAUUUUAGCACCUAAAAAAUAUAAUUAA